AUGGAGCGGCCCUACUGGAGGAGCUCGGCUUGGGGAGGGAAGGCCCCGCGGAAGAAGCGGCGUUCGUCCCCGCUGCCCGGCGAGCUGCCCACCGCGGGGCGCUCCGGGGCGGCGCAGUGCCGGCGGCGGCUGUUCGGCAGCGUGCGGCGCGGGGAGCCGCAGCCCGGCUGCCCAAAGGGAAAAUGUGCUGUGAAAACCUUACCAAAAAUCAAGGAGAAUCUUGAAGUCACCCAAGGGAGCCCCUCCUCCAACCAAAGUUAUAGCACUCAAGUGAAUGUGAAAGAAAUGCCAUUCUUGGGAAAGAAUGAAGAGGAUGUGGAAGGCAGCACGGUACUGCUGAAGGAAUCUCCAGUAAUCAACUUUGAAAGUAAAGAGAGCCUGAAAAACACUGAUGUUACUUCAGGCACAGGGAUGACUCUUCCUACAGGUGUUUCAGAUUUUCUCCUCGAAUGUUUAGAUGCAGAUUCUUCUGCAGAUCGUGACACAGUUGCUACUGACACCACAGAAAGUUUCCCAUCCCCUGAAACGUUAAGAGACGAGGAACGUUCAGGGGCAAGUAAUCCUGACUUCGAGGACUUUGUGAAAUGCAAGAACUCCACUCUUCUGGACUGCAGCAGAGCAGUGGCCAUAGAUAAGAUACUACAGAUCUCAAAUCUUUCACCAAUAUUAGAACCUGUAUUGGAAGAUUGUAAAGACCAGUGCAUAAAAAGAAAGAGACCCAAAUGCAAUUACAGUUCUUCAGAACUGAGUGUUUCAACUACUGUGGCAGGGAAAAAAAUCUGUAAAAUUACAACUGCAAGAGAGAGAACUCCAGCCCUAAAAAGUGGCACGUGCUGUUCUUCACCAGUAGGAGCGGAAAGAAAGCCUGACAGUCGGACUGCUGAACCCAAAAGGCUGAAGAGCAUCAGAAAAGAAGAGUUGUCUGAUCUGUUAGAAGGUAAUGCAUCACCUUGUGGUCGGCUUGAAUCUGCCCCAGCAGAAGCUUCAGCCAAAUCAGUGAAGGUGACAACAGAGGUUCUGCCCUCUGGACAGACAGAUGAUGCAGUGGGCAUGAGACAAAAAAGUGAACACUUGAAAUUCAGUACUUCAGCUCUAAAACCUGUUAAUUACUUUCAAUGGAGUUGUCACGAAGCAGGGUGGUGUACCAAGAGAAUACUGUAGGAACAAUACAGCAAGCAUCUGAUCUGGAAUGCCUCUGUCUUAUCAAAUAAGUUUUGCAACACUGAUCAUGGAGAAGAAUAAGUGUCCUAGAUGUGUCUAUCCUGAUGUGCAUUUCUGGUGAUUAAAACCGAACCAAUCAGUCUU